AUGUCCCUUCGGAACAAGGUGACCUUAUAUAAGGCAGUAGUUCGCCCUAUCAUGACGUACGCGAGCCCCGUCUUCGCUCACAUUGCUCCGAAGCAAAUACACCGGCUUCAGGUGAUUCAAAAUCGAUUCUUGCGCAGAGCCACGGGAGCACCCUGGUUCAUGCGCGACCUUCAUGUCGAUCUAGAAUUGCCCACCAUCGCGCAAUUCCUGAAGUCGGCGUCGCGCCGAUAUUUCGAUUCCGCCGGCGCGCAUCCCAACCCACUUAUCGUAGGUGCCGUCACCUACAGGCCCUUGCCGCUAAAUAUUUUCCGCCGUAUU